AUGUCUGCAAGAAGAAGAAGAAGAGAUGCUGCUGCAUCACCAGAGCCACAGCGCCCGACCCAGGCCGGGGACAUGUUUCACUGGUCCAUCCUCUUUCCCGUCGCUCAUUGGGAUUUGGCCCCUCGAGAAGACAACGAAUGGAACGACGGUGACAUCGCUAUCAAUCAAAUCCAGAGCUACAAGUGGCUUCAGUCACGCGCGCGAAGCCUCGGUACAAGGGGAUUCCUUCUCAUCCAACAGCUUGCUCCACUCAACCGACUUCUACUUGUCCACGACUUGUACACCGAGGAAUUGGUCAUCAACAAGCGCGUACGCAAGUACCUGCGGCGUUCCGACCUGGCGACCUUGUACCCCGAGCGGAAGGACAUAAGACAACGCUUGCCACGGCGUUUGCAGAUGUACGCCCACCCAAUCCCUGGGGAUAUUCGUUUCGCUCGGAUUAGUGGCGACCACCGCGACCCGCGUGUAGAGGUGCGCCUCCCGAAUGAACCCUAUUUCCAGAAAUUGUACGCCUACGGAUUUCCUCACGACCAGAUGUAUGGGCAUCUGGACCAUGGCAUGGUUGAGAGAGAUGGUAGGGCCACUGAGGAAGUCUACAACGCCUCUCUGUACUACGAAUACCUGAACGGCGGCUCGCUCGAGCAUGCAAUCAUGCGUAUCAACUGGGGAGAAGGUGAACGUGCCCGGUGCGUGGAGGAACCGUUCAUCUGGCACCUCAUUGAGCAGCUCUCCCGAGCCCUGCUCUAUCUGCACUGGGGCGUUGAACGCCAGGGGAACGAACGCAACGAGGACGGAGAAAGGAUACCCCGCAACUGGCAGCCAGUUUGCCACCGAUGGUUGACCAUGGACAACAUCAUGCUGCAUUGGCCGGAGUAUGGGGAGGAAGGGUACGAAGAGAGCAUGGAUGGCCGACUUCCGCGCGUGGUGCUGACCAACUUUGAUAAUGCGGCAAGAAAAGGUGAAGAGCCUCACGACAAUGGUAUCAUUCACUUUGGCCGUCUAACGUUACCCAAGGAUCGCAUUCUAGAGGCUAGAUAUGGCGUGAGCCCCAGGGAUCGAGUCUGGCAAAUGGAAGAGCCGGAUACAUGGCAGGAUAUCUAUGCCAUGGGAAAGCUGUUGCGACGAAUCCUACUCGACAGACGUCGCCCAGGAUUACAUGACAUCCCAAUGAGAGGCCAAAAGAACUGGUUCAAUUCCGAGACUUACGACUUGGCGCCCUUUGCUCAAAGUCGAGGCGGUCCUUACUCUGAUGAGCUCAUCGACGCGAUCCGAUGGUUUGAGAGCACAGGACCAGACGGUGAGGUUACCGAAUGGAAGGGCAACGCUCGAUUUACUGAAGACGAAAAGCCGGGUCGUUUGAACAGUGUGGCUGGCUUGGAGGACCAAUUGCUAGAGGAAGCCGAGUCGCAUGUCGAAACGUUCCGGGAGAAUGAACCUCCCGUUGCUGCAAAUCAGAUCAGCAUCGCAACGGUCCGACCGCCAGAUCUGAGGCACUACCACAUGCCGUUCCGGACCAGACGAAUCCGGGAAAAGGAUGCGGAGAAUGAGAUGCAAGUAAUGAUGGAGUCGCUGAAUGGGCCGGCAUACAAGGUCGUGGUCGAGUACGGUCACGAGCAUGAGAACGCUCGUCUGGCGAAAACGGAUAAGAUGAGGGAAUUGGAGGAGAAGCGUGCAGCAGAGGAGAGGGAGAUAGACCGACGAGCGGAAAAUAUGUUCCGGACAGUCCCGGAUUCUCUGCUGGGGAAGGAAGUGCAAGAGGAAGAGAGAAAAGAUUACAGGGAACGGUUGAGGAAGCGGAAGGAUCGAGAAUUCCGUGAUGAGACGAUGAGAUUGGUUGGUAAGAAGAUCAAGAAGGCUAGGAAACGGCGUGAAAGGAAGGAGAGGCAGCAGGAAGAGGGGGAAGCUGCGGAUGGUGGUGAGUGGGAAGGAUGA